AUGGUUCAAGCUUCCGAAGUCCUCAAGGGCAAGACUGGUGUCAUCUACGGUGACGAUGUCUACAACCUCUUCAAGCACGCACAAUCCGAGGGAUACGCUAUCCCCGCCAUCAACGUGACUUCUUCCUCAACCGUUGUCGCAUCCCUUGAGGCUGCCCGCGAUGCCAAGUCCCCCAUCAUCCUCCAGAUGUCCCAGGGUGGUGCCGCAUACUUCGCCGGAAAGGGCGUCGACAACAAGGACCAGAGCGCUUCCAUCCAGGGAGCCAUCGCUGGUGCCCACUAUAUCCGCGCCAUCGCGCCCGCAUACGGCAUCCCAGUUGUCCUCCACACCGACCACUGCGCCAAGAAGCUUCUGCCAUGGUUGGAUGGUAUGCUUGACGAGGACGAGAAGUUCUUCAAGGCAAAUGGCGUACCGCUGUUCAGCUCCCACAUGAUCGAUCUCUCAGAAGAGUCCAAGGAGGAGAACAUUGAGACCACCAAGAAGUACCUCCAACGCGCUGCUCCCAUGAAGCAAUUCUUGGAGAUGGAAAUUGGCAUUACCGGUGGUGAGGAGGAUGGCGUCAACAACGAGGAUGUCGACAACAACUCUCUUUACACCCAGCCCGAGGACAUCUACGAUAUCUACAAGACGCUCUCGGAAGUCUCCCAGUACUUCUCCAUCGCUGCUGGCUUUGGUAACGUUCACGGAGUCUACAAGCCUGGUAACGUCAAGCUCCGCCCUGAAUUGCUCCAGAAGCACCAGCAAUUUGUCAAGGAGCAGACCAAGGCCAAGGACGACAAGCCUGUCUUCCUCGUUUUCCACGGUGGCAGUGGCAGCUCUGUCGACGACUUCCGCCAAGCGAUCUCCUACGGUGUCGUAAAGGUCAACCUGGAUACCGACAUGCAAUGGGCGUACCUCUCAGGAGUCCGCGACUACGUUUUGAACAAGAAGGGAUACCUGAUGACUCAAGUCGGUAACCCCGACGGAGAAGACAAGCCGAACAAGAAGCACUACGACCCCCGUGUCUGGGUUCGCGAAGGCGAAAAAACGAUGUCACAGCGUUUGAAGGUCGCUCUUGACGACUUCUACACCGCCGGCAAGGCUUAA